AUGGUCACACGUUAUUUUGUCCGGCAAGCUUCGACUGUCGCGAGGAAGAACAAAACCAGCGUCCGGGCAUCCAAUGUCAAGCAGAGGUCUCCGACAGGCCGCCCACGAUACUCCCGUACGGAGAUCGUGAGCGACGAGCUGUGCAAGGAUGUCAUCAACCGACUACGCCCGACCUUGCCGGCCCCUCAAACAUGCGACCUAAUCGAUAUAAACCCUGGUAGUGGUAUCUGGUCUCAAAAGCUUCACGCUGUGUUGAAACCGCGGCGCCAUGUCCUCGUCGAACCCGCGCUUCGGACACACUAUUCCGACGACCUCACCCCUCUGCUGGACGCAGAAGACUCAAAAUAUCGGCACACUGGUCUGUUGGAAGACGCCUUGAAUCCCUCCAGUGGUUUGCUGUCCGAGAAUGUCACAAAUCAACUCGACGCUCAUAAAAAUGGCCCCCGGGUUAAUCCGUCACUACUCAUCACGGCAAAUCUGUCUGGAGCAAGUCUGAAGAUGAACAAUUAUGCGGGCACUCAAAGCCGAAAAUUCUUCGACGACCUGUACCUCUCCCUCUGGAGGAUUCGCAGCAACAUACACCGCUACGGCCUAGUGCGGCUGAUGGUGUGGAUUCCCGACGACGAGAAAGACGCAUAUAUUCCUCGAACGGUAUCGGCACGACGGAAGCAGGCGGUGAUGCUUGAAGCAAGUCACCACAUCACCGAAGUCGCUGGUACCUCGACACAAACCAAGACUACACGUCUGCGCAGGUGGCCUGAAUUGGAUCGCGAAGAUGCCGCUCGAGUGGCAGCAAUCGAAGCAGCUACAGGAAAUAAAGCGCCAGCUUCGAGGAGAGACAGCAUGCCAGUGCCUCAUUUGUUGACCGUGGAACCCGUGCCCAAAGAAAUUCGAAAGGUAGCAUUCACCACCGAUGCGGAAUGGGUCCCGAGGUUUCUUGCCCUGGAAGAACGUCUGCGACGGGACGACGCGGCAUGGUUCAAGAAGUACGCCUAUGUGAAAUAUCCUCCCCGUGGUCUCAUGGACACACCGGACCGAAGAGCAUGGCGAGAGCUCCGCAGGCGUGCCAAAACCGCGUACACAACCCACAUGAAGGCGGUCGGGCUUAUCAAGGAAGAACGGGAAUUGGUGGCGGAAUGGAAGCGACUCAUAAUAAGCCCGCCCGACCAUGGGUUUAUGGACCACGAGAAACACCUAAAAGCCCGCGCAGAGUCCCUUCAACAGCAGAUCAAAAAGCUCAACCGAACCAACCGGAGUUUCGCCGAAAAGGCCAUCGACGACUGUCGUGCAUACGACAUGGUGCCGCCAGUCAUGGCCUGGAACCAACGUCAAAGCGAGCCGUUGAUCGUGCAUGCCGGCGAAUUCGACCCGCGGGACCGUCCCAUGGCGCUUCUCGACGUCACUCCACGCCCCGACUUUCUCCUUAAGAUCAACACGCACGACAAAAUGGUUUGCUUCGGCCACGUUGUUGGACAGCUGUAUCCUUAUUUUGUCAAAAGCGUUGCCGAGGGUUUGCGGUCGCUGGUGCACGAAGGGCUCGACGAUUUUGUCGCCACGAUUCCGGGGAUUCACGAUCCCACCAAGGGCGGCUGGUAUGAUCUGAAUGCCAUCCGGGUGCGCUCUCUGCCCGCAGACAUGUUUGUCGAGAUUGCGCUGGCCUACGAGAGGUGGCCCUUCCGCCAGUCCACUGAAAGUAUCCUGAUGUUGGCCGCCGACCCUCAGGCGGCAUAUAGUUUAGGUGAUGAUGAUUGA